AAAUCCGAAAAGUCUGCGACUAUUGCCUAGACAUAAUCGCCAUUAGUGAUAGUGAAUGGGCCAAACGAAUCAAGCUUGAAAAGUUCCGCAAUCACAAUUCACAAUGGCUUUGCAUGGUAGAAUCGCAGCAAGAUCCAGACAAUGAACAAGACUACAUUGACAAUGAUGAGGAGGAAAACGAACUCGACACCUAUUUGCGCACCGAAUAUUUGGACAAUUGCGAUCUAUACAAUAGUACGAAUACGAAUAAGGAGAGUGAAGACAAUGAAAGCAACAAUCCAGCCAGCCCCGCAAUGUCCACCUAUAGUCGCCCAGUAAGCAGCUACCGCCGCAGCGAGGACCUCGAUGAUCUUUUCAACAUGACAUCCAGUUCGAAAUCGCAAGCCUCCAGCCAAGGUGACAGCAACUUUAUGUUCAAGUCGAACAAAUCACUGGAUGCUGAAGGUCUACACGAGGAGUUGUUAAUGGCCUAAGCUGAGAAACUUAGUAGCAGCCUAAAAUAGGAAACCUACGUUCGUUGACGACUAAUGGGUUCAUAAAUAAAUCUAACGCUACUGUAGACAGACAGCAAACAAAAAAUUCAAAUACAUAUUUUCCAUGUAUGUAUUUAUGUAUGUACUAUGUAUAUAUGUAUUGGCUAAUAGAUUACCCUUGGAACAAAUUGUUGAGUGUGGCAGUCCAGCAUUAUUUGCGUCACAACCUCUCAGCCCCAAUAUAUGUACAUUAGACUGCAUCACUCCACAUACAAAAAAAAAAAAUUCCGUUCAA